AUGUAUUCGAGGUUCGAGGGUGUAAUGUCCAAAUCAUGCCUUGAUGAUAUCCCCAGUUUUGUUUGGCCGAUUGCUUCCCGUAAGUUGCCAUUUUCUCCAAAUGAGUAUGAAACUAUGUCCCAUCGAAUGCUUCUCAGCACAGAAGCAAUGUAUUGCGGUUCGCCAGAACAUCAUGUAGUACCUGGUGUACUAGGUCAAGGAAGGUCUCCAACCGGGGCUGACGAGGGUAUGGCCCCCCUCCAAUCCCAUGAUUUGGACGUUAUUGACGACAAGUCGCUUGAGUGUGUCCAAAGGACCGCAGUAAUAUUGGCGCCUGAAGGACUGAUUGAUGAAAAGCCAUCAGUGGGGGAUAGAUUGACGAUGUUAGAGCCCAUUUUCAAGGUCGGGUACCGAAAAGCCUGGCAGGCUCGGUCCAGAUAUCACAGAUACAACGCAUAG